AACCUAAUUUUCCACUGAAGGGGGGGGGGGUUCUUUCUUGAAGUGAACACAUAGGCAAUUGAUAAGUUGUAAAGGCACUGAAAAAGAAAACAGUUAGCUCAGGGGCGAAAUUGCUUUAUAAUAACGAUUCCAACAGUUGAUUUGCGUCGCUACAUGCUUCAUUGCAGCGAAAGCGCUUAAGUUGUUCGGCGUGUUCGCUACGCCAGGUGUUAGUGGGAGGAAAAUGCCAUCUUUUUCAUGGAGGCUUUGGCUUGGCCUGGUUCUGAUCCUCCCAUCUUCGCUGGCGGCGGACGAAGAGUCGUCGCUGCUGCAGGACUGGCAUGACGUAUGGCUGUUCCGCUUCUUCCUCAACAUGCUGGGCUACACCACCAUCAUCAUCCCCGGCUACUUGCUCAUCACCUACUUGAAGAGGAUCAACUACCUCCAAACAGGUGUGGAUGAUCUACAAACUGGCCGAGGCAUUUGCUAUCCUGUCAUAAAGGCCUGUGUGUUUGGAAGUGAAUCGAAGACAGGUCUCCUAGACGACGUGUCGCUAGCUCCCAGAAAUGACACGGACUCAGGCUCGUCGGCCAGACAAGCCUUCAAGUUAGUCUUCUGCGCUGCAGGACUUCAGGUGUCCUACCUGACAUGGGGUGUCCUACAGGAGAGGGUGAUGACUCGCUCGUACGGGGCUUCCACCCCCGAGGAGGAGGGCGAACACUUCAAGGACUCCCAGUUCCUGGUGUUCAUGAACCGUAUCCUGGCACUGACCGUGUCAGGCCUGUGGUGUGUCCUGUUCAAGCAGCCCCGCCACGGCGCACCCAUGUACAAGUACUCAUUUGCCUCGCUCUCCAACGUCCUCAGCAGCUGGUGCCAGUACGAGGCCCUCAAGUACAUCAGCUUUCCCACCCAGGUGCUGGCCAAGGCCUCUAAAGUGAUCCCUGUCAUGCUCAUGGGCAAGAUUGUGUCACACAAGAGCUAUGAGUACUGGGAGUACCUGACGGCGGCACUCAUCUCUCUGGGUGUCAGCAUGUUCUUGUUGACGAGCACAGCCGAUAAGCACCCAUCUACGGUCACAACGUUCAGCGGCGUGGCCAUCUUGGGUGGCUACAUCGUCUUCGACAGCUUCACGUCCAACUGGCAGGACAACCUGUUCAAGCACAAGAUGUCAUCUGUGCAGAUGAUGUUCGGCGUCAACCUCUUCUCCUGCCUCUUCACCGUGGGCUCGCUGCUGGAGCAGGGCGCCUUCUUCGACUCGCUGGCCUUCAUGACGCGCCACUCGGAGUUCGCAUUCCAUGCUGUGCUGCUGUCGGUGUGCUCGGCGUGCGGCCAGCUCUUCAUCUUCUACACCAUCGCGCAGUUCGGCGCCGCCGUCUUCACCAUCAUCAUGACCCUGCGGCAGGCCAUCGCCAUCCUGCUCUCCUGCUUCCUGUACGGCCACGCCGUCACCAUGGUGGGGGGCUUUGGCAUGGCCGUGGUCUUCCUUGCCCUCUUUCUGCGUGUCUACGCCCGCAGCCGCAUGAAGGCGGGACGCAAGGUACCGCAGCCACAGGUGCAGAAGGUCUAGGAGGAGGAGUUGGAGGGAACUGGAAAAUGAACUAAAGCCACGUUUUCGGUGGCGCUUUUUCUCGUCUGUGUGUCCAGUUCGACUUUUUUAAGUGUUCAUUUUAUGGGUUUCUACUUUGUAUAGAAAGGGUACAGAAAGGGAUUCUAAUGCCUUUUAAAGGUGUUUGACUUGACACGAACUGAGCUGUUGUCAGAGGUCAUUCGGCUAAAGCAAUCAGCAGUCACAGGCGUUUUAAAUUAUACGGCAACCGUCGCUUGUCCAUUUGUGUAUCUGAAACCCAGCUCAAAAGCAUACCACAUUGGCAUGUGAAAUGUAAAUAACUGAUAAUGGCUGACGCCUUUUAAUUUCUGUCUCCGUGAUAUGCUUCUGGAGCAGCACUCAGAACAUAAAUUGGACAUUUGAGGUGUAGGGUUGGCGUUAGCGCUAGUACAUGAGCUGUGUACUGCAAGACUCCAGCUCUUGGUAAUGUAACAUUGUGAAUGGCACCAUAUUAAGUGGUUUAUAAGGCCUCUAUGAAAAGUUACUUUGACAGUGAGAGAACAUGAGAUAUUGUGGUUAGCAGAGCAGGGGAUCAUCUCUGUUUAGAUACUCGAUCAAUUUAGUUUAAAAACGAUGUCAUUAUUGCAUUGUUCUACUUUUUGUACAUGGCAUAAGAGAAAUGUUCUGUGAUCAUUACUAGUCAAUGAUCAGGUAAUUCUGCUUGAAUAUUUUAUUUCUUCUGUAUAAAGAAGAUUCACUUUGGGCAGUGUUCUGACUUAAGAUCUGCCCACUUAACUUACGUUUUUGCAGAAGUCUACCAUUGACAUGAAUGAAGGAUUUACGCGGACGUUCGAGCUGUGCAAACCCAGAUCUCAAGUCAAAAUACAGAUCAUAGAAAGUUGAUGUUUUUUGUCCCUCGUGGCUUCCCAGAGAAUGUCUGAUAAGGAAUGUUACUGAUAGUGUCCCCACAGAGAGAACUAAACCAUUUUCCUCACAGCAUCACAAGAAUAAAUGUGCAGCUUACCAGCAAACCAUCAAAAAUAACUUUGCAGCAGUUAAUGUUCUAUUUUAAUAUGGAACUGGGACUGUGUGUGUCACACACACAGUGCCUACAGAAAGUAUUCAGACCACUUGACUUUUUCCACAUUUUGUUACAUUACUGCCUAUUCUAAAAUGGAUUACAUCGUUUUUUUCAGUCCUCAAUCUACACACAAUAACACCAUAAUGUCAAAGCAAAAACAGGUUUUUAGAAUUGUUUGCAAAUGUAAUUAAACAAAAUAUUACAUUUAUGUAAGUUUGCAGACCCUGUUCAUUCAUGCACCUGAGCUCAAUUUCGAGUCUCAUAGCAAAGGGUAUGGAUACUUAGGUAAAUAAGGUAUUUAGGUUUUUAAAGUUGUAUAAAUAUACAAAUAUUUCUAAAAACCUGUUUUCGCUUUGUAAUUAUAGGGUAUUGUGUGUAGAUUGACGAUGGAAAAAAAUCUAUUUAAUCAAUUUUAGAAUAAUGCUAACGUGACUGUGGAAAAAGGGAUCUGAAUACUUCCCAGUGUGUGUGUGUGUGUUAGGUCAACAGAUGCUUAUUCAAGAUGCCCAUCUUAUUUUUUUAAUAGGACACACUAACGUUGGGUCAUGCAAAAUACAAUUUACUGUCAAAUGCCAGCAAGAGUUGCAGCCAGAUGGAUUUUUUCGAACUUCAGCUUUUGGAACAUUCAGCCUGCACAAUUAUUUGCUCUCUGCUUUGUUAGUUUAGGUUUCAACUCAGCAAACCAUAAUGACAUAUUUGAUUAGCAUAAAUGCCAUAAAUCUUUAUGCUGAAUGUUAAAAGUAUUGUGGCAUUAAUUUAGUGGCCUGGCUGACCCAGGGAGUGUGUAUGGGGAGGGAAGGACUUCCAGUUGGCUUAGCCAGGCAAAUGAAUCAGCGCUAUGUAUAUAAACUAAUUAUAAUUUAAUUGAUACACUGUGUGUUUAUAUACAGUACCAGUUAAGUUUGGACACGCCUACUCAUUCAAGGGUUUUACUUCAUUUGUAUUAUUUUCGACAUUGUAGAAUAAUAGUGAAGACAUCUAAACUAUGAAAUAACACACAUUACCAUUCAAAACUUUGUGGUCACUUAGACAUUUACUUGUUUUUGAAAGAAAAGCAAAAAAUGUUUGGCCAUUAAAAUAACAUCAAAUUGAUCAGAAAUACAGUGUAGACAUUGUUAAUGUUGUAAAUUACUAUUGUAGCUGGAAACGGCAGAUUUUUUAUGGAAUAUCUACAUAGGCAUCCAGAGGCCUAUUAUCAGCAACCAUCACUCGUGUGUUACAAUGGCACGUUGUGUUAGCUAAUCCAAGUUUAUCAUUUUAAAAGGCUAAUUGAUCAUUUGAAAACCCUUUUGCAAUUGUGUUAGCACAGCUGGAAACUGUUGUCCUGAUUUUAAAGAAGCAAUACAAUUGGCCUUCUUUAGACUAGACUAGUUGAGUAUCUAGAGCAUCAGCAUUUGCUGGUUUGAUUACAGGCUCAAAAUGGCCAGAAACAAAGAACUUUCUUCUGAAACUUCAGUCUAUUCUUAUUCUUAGAAAUUAAGGCUAUUCCAUGUGUGAAAUUGCCAAGAAACUGAAGAUCGCAGAACAGCGCAAACUGGCUCUAACCAGAGUAGAAAGAGGAGUGGGAGGCCCCGGUUCACAACUGAGCAAGAGGACAAGUAUAUUAGCAUCUAGUUUGAGAAACAGACGCCUCACAAGUCCUCAGCUGGCAGCUUCAUUAAACUGUACCCGCAAAAUACCAGUCUCAACGUCAGCAGUGAAGAUGCGACUCUGGGAGGCUGGCCUUCUAGGCAGAGUUGCAAAGAAAAAGCCAUAUCUCAGACUGGCUAAUAAAAAUAGAAGUUUAUGAUGGGCAAAAGAACACAGACACUGGACAGAGGAACUCUGCCUAGAAGGCCAGCAUCCCGGAGUCGCCUCUUCACUGUUGACGUUGAGACUGGUGUUUUGCAAGGUACUAUUUGUAUUUCUGAUCAAUUUGAUGUUAUUUUAAUGGACAAUUUUUUUUGAUUUUCUUUCAAAAACAAGGGAAUUUCUAAGUGACCCCAAACUUUUGAAUGGUUGUGUAUGGAAUCAUGUAGUAACCAAAAACGUGUUAAACAAAUCAAUAUAGAUUUUAAAUUCUUCAUGUGGAAUUAUUUUCCAACAGUCCCACUAUGCUGAGCACUUGUUGGCUGCUUUUCCUUCACUCUGCAGUCCAACUCAUCCCAACCCAUCUCAAUUGGGUUGAGGUCGGGUGAUUGUGGUGCAGGACUCCAUCCCUUUCCUUCUUGGUUAACUAGCCCUUACACAGCCUGGAGGUGUGUUUUGGUUCAUUGUCCUGUGGAAAAACAAAUGAUAGUCCCACUAAGCGCAAACCAGAUGGGAUGGCGUAUUGCUGCAGAAUGCUGUGGUAGCCAUGCUGGCUAAGAGUGCCUUGAAUUCUAAACAAAUAACUGACUGUGUCACCUUCAAUGCACCGUCACAUUACCUCCAUGCUUCAUGGUGCGAACCACACAUGCGGAGAUCAUCAGUUCACCUACUCUGCGUCUCACAAAGACACGGCGGUUGUAACCAAAAAUAUCAAAUUUGGACUCAUCAGACCAAAGGACAGAUUUCCACCGGUCUUAUGUCCAUUGCUCGUGUUUCUUGGCCCAAGCAAGUCUCUUCUUAUUGGUGUCCUUUUUAGUAGUGGUUUCUUUGCAGCAAUUGAACCAUGAAGGCCUGAUUCAUGCAGUCUCCUCUGCACAGUUGUUGAGCUGUCUGUUCCUUGAACCCUGUGAAGCAUUUAUUUGGGUGGCAAUCUGAGGUGCAGUUAACUCUAAUGAACUUAUGCGCUUCAGCAGAGGUAACUCUGGGGCUUCCUAACCUGUGGCGGUCCUCAUGAGAGCCAGUUUCGUCAUAGCGCUUGAUGGUUUUUAUGGCUGCACUUGAAGAAACUUUCAAAGUUCUUGAACUUUUCCGGAUUGACUGACCUUCAUGUCUUAAAGUAAUGAUGGACUGUUUCCCUUUGCUUAUUUGAGUUGUUUUUGCCAUAAUAUGGACUUGGUCUUUUACCAAAUAGGGCUGUCUUCUGUAUACCACCCCUACCUUGUCACAACUGAUUGGCUCAAGCGCAUUAAGAAGGGGGGGAGAAAAAAUAUAUAUAUACUUAUAACAAGGCACACCUGUUUAAUUGAAAUGCAUUCCAGGUGACUACUUCAUGAAGCUGGAUGAGAGAAUGACAAGAGUGUGCAAAGCUGUCAAGGCAACGGUUGGCUACUUAAACGAAUCUAAAAAUAUUUGAGAUUUUUCAAACACUUUUUUGGUUACUACAUGAUUCCAUAUGUAUUAUUUCAUAGUUUUGAUGUCCUCACUAUUAUUGUACAAUGUAGAAAAUAGAAACAAAUAAAGAAAAACCCUUGAUUGAGUAGGUGUGUCCAAACUUUUUACUGGUACACUGAGUGUACCUAACAUUAAGAACACCUUCCUAAUAUUGAGUUGCACCCCCCACUUUUUGCCCUCAAAAGAUUUAACAAGUAUCAUCAAUAAGGGAUCAUAGCUUUCACCUGGAUUCACCUGGUCCAUCCAUCAUGGAAAGAGCAGGUGUUUGUAAUGUUUUGUACUGGUAUUAUCAAAAUUUGAAUUUGUAUUCAAACAAGCCAUAGUCAGUAAUCACCCGUAGGGUGUACAGGCCCUGUCAAUGAAGGGUGUUGAUUUGUCAAAUUGCAAUCACUUCAUGAAGUUCAAAUAUAAAACAUUCAAAUAUACAGCACUGUAUCAUUAACUAUGGUCCAGAAGCCAAUCUGCUCUUGCUGCAACACUCAAGAUGAAUAUGACUCAAAACAAUAUCAAUGCCCUAUGUAUAGGCUGUACAAAUGUUAGAUUUUUAUGUUCUGUUUACAUUAGCUUGACACCUUUUGUUGAAAUGUCAGUUGGCUUAUGGUGGUGUUUGAACAGACGGUUUGCCCAACCUCUAUCCGGCCUAGACAAAGACUAUAGUUAGAACAAAGCAAAUGUCAUAGAAUGGGUCAUGGGACGUGGCAUAUUCAAGAUAUUUCAAUGGUUUUUACAUAGCCUUCAAUGUUGCCUGGGGGAGUCACCUAGGGAAGAACGCAAUGUAAACAUUUGUCUUUGGACACAUGGCGCGUUGUUGAAUACAGUACAUGUUUCUUAUGAUGGAGUCAUACAUUUUUUUUCUGUCUAUAAUGAUGUGCUUAUUUUGAGGAGAGCUGCGCCCUUGAUAUCUGCUUUUUGGUGUGUGAAUGUUUUAAUGUGGCCUGAAUGGAUGGAGAUGGGGGUUGAAGGAUGGAUUGGACAGUCUUGGGCUUUGGCGUAGAACUAAAUGUAACCGGUACUUUCUGUUUUUAUCCUUUGUAGUAUUUCAACUAGUAGGCUGGAUAGAUAAUUUAAAAAUUUAAAAUGAAUUUAAAUACAUGAAGUUAACACUUGGAAUGGAUGUAUGUGUAAUUUCCACCUUGAAUGGGUUGUUUUUUGUGUGAAAAGGUCAGAGGGUGCUAUGAGAUGUAACUGUGCCCUAGGGGGGGCUGACUACACUAAUGAUGCAUUAUUUCCUCUUGCAUAUAUUGAUUAUUGACCUUUAAAAGGUCAUGACCUCUUGAUAUUAAACUAUUAUAACAUAAGGAAAAUUUGGUGCUAUCCUGAUCCAGUGUAGUUCUCAUAGGUGGGUAUUGGUUUACGUCAAGGAAUCAGUAAAAUGUGAUAAUUGUGUGUAAACUAGAUUACCAGAGAACAGAAUGAUGAUCUUCUCCAUAAGCUGGCUGUUAGUGUGUGUUGUUGAUUUAAAGCUAUUAUGGUAGUGUGUGAUAUUUGUCACAUUAUUUUAUCAGUGUGACAUACACAUAUACACACAGCCAUAUGGGGGGAACUUCCCCCCCCCCGGGCUGUCAUUACAACACCUCCUACUCCCAAACCGUCCGGAUCAGUGUGUGGUGACGUGAGCAUCUCCAUGCCUCUUCACUGGUGUAAAGGACCAAAAGGCUACACACACAACCCUCAGUUAACCUUCCCACUCCUGGGGAAACCAACCAGUCACUACAAGCUUUCACUGUGAGUGGCAGGAAAGGGUUAACUAGUGAUAAUGCUUACUGUAGUAGUGGAACAAAACAGAUGUGAAGUGUUAUGCUCUGUGUGUAAUGUUCUACAUCUCCUUCCACCCAACUGUAAAGGUUAUUAGUAAGGUGGGUCCAAUUCUUGUGUCGUUUAUUUUAGGUCACCUCUCCGGUUAUGUCAUCUGAAUUCCACCCGCUUCGUUAGGGUUGAUCAAUUUCCUGUCUGUCAUGUUUUAGAUAACUUAUCAGCGUGCGUAAACAAAUAUUUCCCCCUUCAGAUAUUGAAGAUAGUAGUCUCUGAUUUAAGCUAUUCUAUUUAGAAUCUCUAUCCUGUCAGGUCUACUCAUUCUCAGGGCUCGUAAACGUAAUGGAAACCUAAAUACAACACCAGUAUCGUGCAAGAGAGCCGCAGUGACGAUACCGUGUACAUUGACAAAGACAAAUUGUAAUCUUGUGGGGUGCAGGAUGUGCUCCUUAUAUUGCAUCUUGUGGUUUCAAUUUAUUGUAAAGCAAAUAUCUCACACUUUACUUUGAGCAGUUUAUUUUAAUCACGCCAUUCAGAAUCAACCACAGUGUGCUCAUCAAUUGCCCGACAUAAUUGACCUUCAUCACCCCCAUGAUGACAUUUCUUUAAUCAGAUCUUGAUUUAUCAUUUCUAUAGAUCAUGUAGGGAGGUGUGGUACAGUGUGAAUGUACAAGAAUGAACAUGAUCACCUACUUGGGGACACAUUUUGUCACCACCAAGAGUGUGAAGACAACCACAGAUCUUUAGAAGAACAAGUUCCACAGGAAGUCAUUUGUUGAAGCAGAGAAGUCACAUGAGUUAAAUCUUUACAUGUGAAAUCUCUAGUUGCAGUAGUAAAAGAGAAGGCAAAUUGAAACGUCUAAAAGUCCCUCCCCAUCAGUAUGUACUGUAUUAAACUUUUAAUCUAC